AUGCUCCAUACUCGCAAGCAUGUUGGUCUGGCAGCUUUUGUCGCCUUCGUUGCUUGGGGCCUCGCGGUCAAAUCGUUCCCGGUCCUGCGAUUCAUAGGGUACGCCUUUGUGAUCGGCGCACUGUUGUCUGUCGCUUCAGUCGUUCUCGCUAUCGUUACAGUCUCCCGACCGCUCGCAGUGCCAUACUCUCCAGCAGCGACUCCUUCGUUCCUUGUCGCGUCCAGAUGGAAGUCCGAAACUUCCUUGUUCAGAUCCGCGGCAGAGUACCAACCCACUGACCUCUAUCUCAAGUCUUUUGUGGUCUCGCAAGGAAUAGACUCGAUCCUCGUAUUGGCCCUCCGAGAUUUUGUGUUGUCCUGGUACAAGAACAUUACUCUAAGCCCCACGUUUGUCAACGAGAUCGACAGGAACAUCCGUGCCGCAGUCAUCGAGAUUGCCCGCAGACUAGCAAGAGAGGAUGUUGUCAAUAUCCUUGUGACAAAGCUUGUACCGAUCAUCACUGGUCAUUUGCGAGACUUCGAUCAGGCCGAGAGGCUGGUCAAGGGACGAUCGCUCAGUCGCAACGUCACUCUCUCUGAGGAACUGGACCUGGCCAUAGCGGCCAAAUACCGGGAUGGGAAACUGCACCCAGCCGCUUCUCUGUCCUUCUCAGACACCAAGACCAUCGAACAAGAGCAUCUUCGCAAGCUCGUCGUGCGCAUUCUACCCGAUGUCGUACCCGAGGAUGUUAUGCGCAGCCGUGCGGUCUCCGUUCUUCUCAAGGAGAUCGUGGCUUGUGCCGUCCUCUUGCCCCUCAUUCAGCUCCUCAAAGAUCCCGAUACAUGGAAUCAAAUUGUCGAAAACUAUGGUCGCUCCGCCCUGCAAGAUCGUAAGACUGUCCGUCGGAUGCGUGCUGCCUUAGAUGAGCACACCUCCACCAAUGGCAAACCCAAGCCUGAUAUUGAGUUCCCUCGAUUGUCUCCCAACGACAGUGAGCGUGCAUUUGAGCGCUUUGUCCGCGCGAUUCGCAAAACCAAGACUCUUCCUGAUGCUCGACGUUUCCGCAGCCAAGUUGCCAGCCAACUCAAGCGCGAGAGUAUGGUCGAAGGCCAGGACCCACUGUAUUUACGUCGUUUGGAAAUGAGUAAACGGGUACUCGACCAGAAAAUAUCGAAGCUUGCGCUCUCCACAGGUGCGCUUCCUGGUCAGGCCCCAGGUACAACUGCACCUUCGGCGCAAAGGAGAAGCCUUGACUCCGCCAGAGCGCCCUCUCGAGAAUUGACCCUCGUAGAGAUCAUGCAUACCAGCGCUGGACUGUCGUACUUUAUGGAGUAUAUGGAUCGCCAACGCCGAAUGCCUCAGGUGCAGUUCUGGAUCGUUGUCGAUGGCUUCAGAAACCCCCUGGAAGAUGACUUUGGCGAUGAUCCUCUCGGCACAAGUGCCCCAACAUGGACAGAUGCCGAUCGGACGGAUAUUGCUCAGAUCUCAGAAGCAUAUUUGUCCAAGGCUCAAAUUCAGAUUCCUCAGGAGUCCAAAGAUGCCAUUCGCUCAUUUCUGGUCGCCGGCCGCAAAGCCACGCAGGAGCAGUACCGAGCCGCACGAACCGCAAUCCUCGCAGGCCAGUCGGCUGUGCUAGAAGAACUUCAAUCCGAGUACUUCCCAGGUUUCAAGCGAUCAGAUCUCUACUACAAAUUUCUCGCCUCCGAUGAGGCCCGUGUACCAAGUGUAGACUCGUCUGUCAUCCUAGAGCCUGCAGAGCCAGCGAAUCCAGCCCCAGUCGGCAGCACCACCAAAGCCGCCGCCGGAGGAGCACCAAUGAGCCGUAACAGCUCCCAUCUUGGAGCCAAGAUUCGGGAUCUCAGGCGCGCUGCGUUAUCAUCGUCCGAUAUCCGAAGUCUUGAUACCUCGAAGAAGCAAACAGAUCCAAAGCCAUCGAUGAAGGACUCGGCUGACCAACAGGCGCCUUUGUUUGACGACGACUGUGACACAGAUCCGCUUGCGCACUCUAGCUACAGUAUUGGACAGGAAUCUCAACCCGGCGAGGCUGCAGAUGAACGGCGAAUGGUUGAAGAUAUGGAGGCUGCUAUGAACAACAUCAUGGCCCAGCCCCCUGACAAUGACGCAUCGGAGGAUGAACGAGAUGCCCUCUUUGGCUCGCCGACGUCAAGUCAUAGAUCGGUGCGAGCAUCUGACUCGCCUCGGGCCUCCUUGGACAUGCCUCGCAUCGAUGCAGUAGCCAACAAGCCGAAGCCGAGUCUGGCCACUUUGGGUUUGGUCAAUACAGCGUCUCGAAUUGGCGUAUUCUCUGACAAUGACCUAUUUCCUGACGAGGAGAAAUUCUUGGAAGAUGAAUAUGCCGAUCAGGACCCCGAUCUGAAGAACAGCUUGGAAGAAGACAUUCACGAAGCUGCACCCGGAGAUCUCGGUCUCACGGAAGCCAUCUCUGCCCUGAGCAGUGACAUUGAACGUCUUGUGACACAGGAAUCGGUCGUCGACACGCUGACGAGGAAAGCUGAACUCACCAACAACGUCCCCGAGCUGCGUAUCCUGAAAAAGUCCAAGGCUAGCCUGCAGAGAGAGGUUCGCCGCAAGGAGCUGCAACGACAGCAGUAUAUUGUCCAAGAAAGUGAUAACAGCCUCUACGGCCGGUCCAGCAUCAAGAUCAAGUCCGUUAUGGUCGGGCGCGAAGAUGAUGGCGGAGAAUUUGCACUGUACGUCGUUGAAGUCCAGCGACAAGCAGGUGAUCAGAUGCCCGCCGCGACUUGGGCCGUCACGCGCCGAUACAGCGAAUUUCAUGAGCUUCAUCAACGUCUCCGCCGGCGCUACCCGUCCACCAGGAACUUGGACUUCCCUCGGCGUCGAAUGGUGAUGAAGCUGCAGAAGCAGUUCUUGCACAAUCGCCGCAUAGCUCUUGAAGCGUACCUCCAGCAGCUCUUGCGUAUGCCUGAUGUGUGCCGUAGCAGGGAACUUCGCUCUUUCUUGUCUCAACAGGCCAUAUCUUCGUCGCCAGACAGCAGCUCUGCCGAGAACACCCAAGACAUCGUGUCGAGAAUAUACAAUUCGGUCACUGAUGGCAUGGACGAAUUCAUGGGAAACAUUGCUGUCCUGGAUCAGUUGUCAGUCGCUGGGCAGAAUUUGAUCUCUGCGGCCACCAAUCAGCUCGGUGUAGCUCAAGGUGAUGUAGUUGCAGUCGACGCUGGCUCCCUUGCGGAUGCUGAGGCGGAGCUCCAGGCAUUUGAGGACAAGGAGCUCGAGCCCUUCGUGAAGCCGAUAUGUGAUAUCUUUCUCGAGGUCUUUGAAUUGAACCGCGGCAAUAAUUGGCUGAGAGGGCGGGCGGUGGUUGUCGUGUUACACCAACUGCUCGGUGGCACUGUCGAACGCAAAGUCCGGGAAUUCGCCAGAGCUCUCGUACAGGAAGACUCGCUACUGCGAUAUACCGAGACCAUCAGAGAUACGAUGUGGCCUGGCGGUCGAAUGCGUCAGGCAAAACCGAGGCCAGCCUCUGAUAAAACCAAGACACGGGAAGAAGCUGGCCUUGUGUUGGCGACCUUGAUGCCCGACCUCGCCGCUAGUGUUGUGGGAAGAAGCAACGCUCAAGCGGCCGCACGCAGAUUGUCGGCGACCAUGAACAAUGCACGGCUCAAUCAACAUCUCGCAUACACCAUACUUGACGAGAUUGUUGGUGUAUUGUUUGAUGGUCAAAGGAGGGGAAUGGACUGA